AGGAGACUGUUUUGUAAACCAGCGACGCGUCGCUGCUGUUUUCGUCAACAGGAGGAAAAAAAAAGAAAGUGUCCCGAAGUGUCAGGGGCUGCUUUUUCCUUUUUGCCAGCCCUCCUCCCCCUCUCCCCCUCCCUCACUCCCUCUCCGUAUCGCCGUGACUGGCUGCAGAGUUCUCUCAUUGACUCAGUCCUCUCUGCCUCAGCUGGCUGGACUGGCUGACACUGGGACCAGUGUACCUGCUGACUGGGGGAUUAAGCGCGCGUCGAACACCCGGAGCCUAAUUUGUUGUUCUGGCUGCCGGUGACAGGUCGGAGACGCCGGCACGCGAAUCCUCGCGCCGAGCGAGCGCACCGGGAGCCCCUCUGGACGCGGGGACUGGAUGCUGGAGGAAAGCGCGUGAAAGAGAGCCGACGAACCAGAGAGCGGGGGGAGAGAGAGGGGGCCAUCCACCCCGGGUCCUGUGCGCGUCGGCGCGCAAUGAGAACCUCCGCCUCUCCGGCUCUGGGUGGGAUUCUCCGACGUGGUGCUGAUACAAGGGAAGAAAGCCCGACAAAUCUCUCCCCCAAGCUCCUUCUCUGAUUUCUGAUCCCCUUUCUUUCCACCAGUUCAUCCAUUCAGAGCGUCUGCGUGUUUUUCUUUGGGGGGGCCGGGGGAAACAGAGAGACGGGAUCGAGUGGGGAUUACGAUCCUUCUCCUCUCCCAACUUUUUUUUGUUCCUCCCCAUCUCCGCGCACCUCCUCUGACCUGCUUUUUUGGUCCCGGCGCACCGGCGGGCUUUGGUGGGUGGGAGCUUGGCCCCGGAGUAAAAGGUUAUUGAACCAGAAGAGCGGCGGUCACGCAGCAGAGAAGGCAAGGGGAAAACAAGCGUGCGUUCGGGGGGAGGUGGACGAGCGAGCGGCAGCCAGCUGCUGUCCGGGCCGGCUUGCUAAUCAACCCCUUCGGGGUCGGAGCGGACCGCGAGCCGAAGGGAGCCGAAAGGAGCCAGUCUGCAGUGGAUACAAAAACAAGGCAGUUGUGUUGAGUUUCAGGAGGUUCGCCCCCCAGCAGCCACUUGGAGGAUGGAGAAGAUGCUCUGAUGGAAAUACUUGUGACACGUGUCAACCCCAGCCCCCCUUUUUAAGUCCAUCUAAUUACCAGUCAGGGUCACUGUGAAAGAAAGGAUUCUGUAUGUGGAUUUACUGUACUCUACUGUUUUUUUCGGAUAUUUGACAAUUGGAAAAAACGCCCACUUACCGAUGCACACAUUUCAGUCUUAGGUGCAUCUCAACACCCGCACAUUAACAAACACAUUACCACCACCCACUGAAUCCACACACGUGUUUUCACUGUCAGUAUAACCCACUUCACAACACACACGGAAACGCCCACACAUUGAAAAAUCCCAAUUACACCAGCACCAUGGAGGUUGUGUGGACAGGUGGGGGGCUGUAGGAGUCCGACGUCUCUGUCCCCCCUGUCCGCUGUCUUUCCUCAAAUGGAUGUUAUUAUCUCUCAAAAUGCGUUGCGUGGAAACCACUGAAAGCUGGCUGCCCCGAUUCUCUGACAGUUGCCGGGUCCUCGCCACGGUGCACAGCUGGAACAGCAGCUGAAACACCAUCGUCCAUCCCCCCCCUCUUUCUUUUAUCUUCAUCUUCACCCUCGGGGCCUCACCCCGUCGCCACCAUUUUUUCCAACGGGUCCUUGGGCACCCCUCGGCGCCCUCCACGUCCCGUCCUCUCCUCCACCCUGGAGGGGAGGGGGUCGUUGGAGUGGAGCAUGAGCGGGUGCCACUAUCCCUCGCCACCGCCGCAGGACCAGGACCGCAGGUACCAGCACAAGGUGUCCCUGGUGGUGCGCUACUUCAUGAUCCCCUGCAACAUCUGUCUGAUCCUGCUGGCCAUGUCCACACUGGGAUUCGCGGUGCUCCUGUUCCUCAACAACUACAAGCCUCCUCACUUCACACCGCCCCAGCCUCCUGACAGCUGCAAAGGGAUGCUGUGUGGCUUCGGCGCUGUGUGUGAGUUUGACCAAGCCGACCCGGCCCACGCUAAGUGUGUUUGCAAGAGAGCGGACUGCCCGUCCUUGGUGGCGCCCGUGUGCGGCUCGGAUUCCUCCACCUACUCCAACGAGUGCGAGCUGGAGAAAGCUCAGUGCAACACGCAGAGACGCAUCAAGGUGCUGCGCAAGGGGCCCUGCUCUCUCAAGGACCCCUGCACCGAGGUGGCCUGCAGCUACGGCAGCACCUGCAUCCAGUCGUCGGACGGCCUGUCGGCGAAAUGCAUGUGCCCCCUGGGCUGCGAGGGCAAGCGCGAGCAGACGGUGUGCGGCAGCGACGGAGAGGACUACCGCAACGAGUGCCUGCUCCACCGGCACGCCUGCAAGAACCAGAAGAACAUACGGGUGCAGUACCUGGGGCCCUGCGACCUGUGCAAAGAGAACGAGAACAACCUGAACACGAUGUGCCGGGUGCGGACUCUCACCCGCCAGACCAUCGUCUUCCGGCCCCCGGAGAUGUGCCCCGUGGCCAACGAGCCGCUGUGCGCCAGCGACGGUCAGACCUACAGCAGCGAGUGCGCCAUGGACGCCACGGGAUUGCAGAAGGGCAUCAAGCUGAGGAAGAUCCACGCGGGACCGUGCAAACGGCUCGAGCGCUGUCAGGAGGCGUGCCCCUUCAACGGCGUGUGCGUGGUGGAGCAGCAGAGCGCCCGCUGCUCCUGCGAACCCAUCGAGUGUGACGGCACCUACAAGCCCGUCUGCGGCAGGGACGGCCGCACCUACACCAACGACUGCGCCCGGCGCAGGGCCGAGUGCCUGGGCAGGCUGCUCAUCGCCAUCAAGCACCCGGGGCCCUGUGAUCUCAGCAUACCGAGCCCCUGCCUGGGUAAGGAGUGCGAUCACGGGGCGGUGUGCGUGGUCAAGAACGGCGAGCCGGUGUGCGAGUGCCCCGAGGCGUGCCCCCAGACCUCCGACCCCGUGUGCGGGUCCGACGGCCACAGCUACGGCAGCCCCUGCGAGAUGCGGGCCAUGGGUUGUGCCCUGCAGAGGGCCAUUCAGAUCCAACACAAAGGGCCCUGUGAUGAGGCUUGUGCCAACUGCUCCUUCGGGGCGAUCUGCGACGCGCAGAGCGGGCAGUGUGUGUGCGCGACGGAGUGCGUGGAGUCCCACCAGCCCGUGUGCGGCAGCGACGGCAGCACCUACAACAGCGAGUGUGAGCUGCACGUGCGGGCCUGCAAACAGCAGACGGACCUCCGCGUGGUCAGCCAGGGAGAGUGCAAAACAUGCGGCAGCACAGUUUGUGCCUGGGGGGCCAUCUGCGUCAAGAACAAGUGCGAGUGCCAGCAGUGCUCUGGCGAGGGCCUUGCCCUGGUGUGCGGGAGCGAUGGCGUCACCUACAAAAACGAGUGUGAACUCCGCACGUCCUCCUGCAUGCAGAAGACUCAAAUUGAUGUGGCGAAACCCGGCAGCUGUGACGAAGACUGUGGCUCAGGGGGGUCGGGCUCAGGCGCGGAGAGCUGUGAACAGGACCGCUGUCGCAUGUUCGGGGGCUCGUGGGACGAGGACGCGGAGGACGACCGCUGCGUCUGUGACUUCUCCUGUCAAAGUGUGCCUCUCAACACGGUUUGUGGCUCAGAUGGGAAAAAUUACAGCAACGAGUGCCAGCUGAAGAAGGCCAGAUGUGAGAAACAAGAGCACUUGAUGACUCAGAAUCAGGGAUCCUGUGCAGCGAUCUCGGCGACAUCUCCCCCUGCGCCGACGCCCCCCCAGCACUGCAGUCACUCUGUGUACGGCUGCUGCCACGACAACGUGACGGCUGCCUUGGGAGUCGGACUGGCUGGAUGUCCCAGCACCUGUCAGUGUAACGUCCACGGCUCCUACAAAGGCACGUGUGACCCGGCCUCGGGGCAGUGCUCCUGUAAGCCGGGCGUCGGGGGACAGAAGUGCGACCGCUGCGAGCCGGGCUUCUGGAACUUCCGUGGCAUUGUGACGGAGAACAUGAGCGGCUGCACACCGUGUAACUGCGACGCCACAGGCUCGGUCCGGGACGACUGCGAGCAGAUGUCGGGUCUGUGCUCCUGCAAGACGGGAGUGAAGGGCAUGAAGUGCAACGUGUGUCCAGAUGGAAGCAAGAUGGGCACGAAUGGCUGUGGCGAAGCUCCCGAGGCCCCGGGUUCAUGCGACAAGUUGGUGUGCAAAUUUGGAGCCACUUGCAAAGAGGUGAACGGCCAGGCCCACUGCGAGUGCCCGCCGCCCGACUGCGAUGACCAGAACAAAACCCAGGUGUGCGGCUCAAACGGGGAGACCUACGCCGACCAGUGCCAGCUGAGGACCAUCGCCUGCAGGCUGAGGGAGGACAUCGCCGUGCAACACUUUGGACAGUGCACAGAUACCAUCUCUGAGCCGGCAGAGCGACCCACCCCCAAACCCCCCGCCACCACCACCGCCGCCGCCACCACCACCACCCCGGCUCCAUUCCUCCCAAACCAGGUGUUCGCCCUGCCGCCUCCGCGGACGAAAGAGCCGGAGACCCCCCGGCGGCCCCCGCCCACCGCCCACUCCUCCACCCUCAUGCACAACCGGGCAAAGCCCAACCAAACCAUCCCAACCGAGCCGCGGCGGGCCACCCCCGCCCACUCCUCCCGCCGAAUCCCGGUUUCCUCCGGCAGUGCCAUGUCGUCCGAGGGCUCGGGCAGCGGGGAGCCAAGCGGGGACGACCAGACCGAGGAGGAGGAGGAGGAGGAGCAGGAGGAGGAAGCAGGUAGCGGCAUCCCAACGGAGGCCAGUGGAGCAGAGGAGACAGUCGGUUCCACGCUGGCCAGCACCACUGCACCCACCGCCGAGGAACGCUCGUCCUGUGACAACACAGAGUUCGGCUGCUGCCCCGACGGCAAGACGCCGUCCAGCACUCCGGAGGGCGCCAACUGCCCCUCCACCAUGAGGUUCAGCGGUUUCCUGCACUUGGACCAAGUGGAGGGCCAGGAGAUCUUCUACACCCGGGAGAUGGAGGACCCCAAAUCGGAGCUGUUUGGAGAGACGGCGCGGAGCAUAGAGGGGGCUCUCAACGAGUUGUUUAGGAAGUCAGCGGCGCACAAAGACUUCAUGAGCGUCCGUGUCCGGAACCUGGCCCCCAGCAACUCCAUCCUGGCCUUUGUGGAGGCCCACUUCAAACCAGAUACGAGAUUGACGGUGGAGGACAUCGAAGGAGCCCUGCUGAAACAGCUCAAGGCCUCCAGAGAGAGCGGCAUCGCCGUGAAGAAGCCCGAGGACGAGAACAUCCGCUUCACCAAUUAUGGCCUCUCCUCCGUCCCCUUCUUCACCACCACUUCCACCACCACCACGGCGUCAGUCACCACAGCUGCUCCCGCCACCACCACCACCACCACCACUACAGCCACCCCCUCCACAACUACCAGGCCUCCGCCGACCUCCAUGUACAUCACCCGUCGCCCGCCCGGCACCACCCGCAGGCCCAACAGCGGUAGGCGUACCACCACCACCACCACCUCCGCACCGGUCACCACACCAGUACCGACCACCACCACCACCACCACCACAGCAAUCACCUCCACCGAGCCCCACCCGGCGACCACUGCGGCUCACAGCAGGGGGCGGCCCUCCCACAGGCCGGCCAAGCCCUGCGCCUCCCACCCGUGCCUCCACGGGGGCACCUGCGAGGAGGAGGGCAACGACUUCAGCUGCCAGUGCCCCGCCGGCCGAGGAGGCUCCGUGUGCGAGAAGGUGAUCAGAUACUUCAUCCCGUCCUUCGGGGGCCAGUCGUACCUGGCGUUCCCGACCAUGAGCGCCUACCACACGGUCCGCAUCGCCAUGGAGUUCAGAGCGUCCGAGAUGACCGGCGUGCUGCUCUACAACGGCCAGACGGGCAAGAAGGACUUCAUCUCUCUGGCUCUGGUCAACGGCAAGGUGGAGCUCAGGUUCAACACGGGUUCGGGCACAGGCACGGUGGUCAGCAAAGUGCAAGUCCAUCAGGGCCGCUGGCACCAGCUGGUGUUGACCCGCAACCGGCGCAGCGCCAUGCUGAGCGUGGACAACGAGCCUCACAUCGAGGGCGAGAGCCCGCAAGGCACCGACGGCCUGAACCUCGACACCGACCUGUUCGUCGGCGGGGUGCCCGAGGACAUUAAGCAGGACGUGAGGGAAAGGACAGCGGUGGCCACGGGACUAGUGGGCUGCAUCCGCAUGCUGGAUGUCAACAACCGGAGGCUCAACCUGCAGGAGAGCGGGGGCGACAGCAUGUACGGCAGCGGCGUGGGCGAAUGCGGCAACAACCCCUGCCAGCCAAAUCCCUGCAAGAACGGCGCUGCGUGCCAGGUCAAGGAGGCGGAGAUGUUCCACUGCAAGUGCAGCAAGGGGUUCUGGGGUCCAACGUGUGCUGACGUCCAUGACCCCUGCGAGCCCAACACGUGCCACUCGUCCUCCCGGUGCCAGGCGCUGCCUGAGGGAGGCUACAAAUGCGAGUGUCCCAUGGGGCGUGAAGGGAGGCACUGCGAGACAGUGGCUGAGAGGAGAGGGGCUUACAUGCCGCUAUUCAACGGGGACUCUUACCUGGAGCUGAAGGGGCUCCAUCUCUACGGGCAAGAUCUGCGGCAAAAGGUGAGCAUGACAGUGGUCCUCAUGGCCAACGACUCCAACGGCUUGAUCUUCUACAACGGCCAAAAAUCGGACGGGAGGGGAGACUUCAUCUCUCUGUCCCUCAACGAUGGCUUCCUGGAGUUCCGCUACGACCUGGGAAAGGGGCCCGCCACCAUCAGGAGUUUGAAAAAGAUGCAGCUGAACGUGUGGAACACCAUCAACCUGGAGCGCUCCAACCGCAAAGGAGAGAUCACGGUGAACAGGAAGGACCCUGUCCGCGGGGAGGCGCCGAAAUCACGCAAGAACCUGCACAUAGAUCUUAACCUGAAAGAGUCUCUUUUUGUUGGCGGAGCUCCCGAUUACAGCCGACUAGCAAGAGUGGCGGCUCUCACGGAGGGCUUCAGGGGAACGAUCCAAGAGAUCAUCCUCAUGGGUAACCCCAUCCUCAGGGAGGAGAACGCCCUGCGCUCCAGCAGCGUGGCCAUGUUCCAGGACCACCCGUGCUCCCAGGAGCCCUGCCACAACGGCGGCAUCUGCAAGCCCACGCUGCAAACCUACGAGUGCCUCUGCCUCCACGGGUUCAGGGGGGAGCGCUGUCAGAGCACCGUCUACGAGAAGGCCGCCGGAGAGCCCGAGGCCAUUGCCUUUGACGGGCGGACGUUCAUCGAGUACCACAACGCCGUCACGAAGAGCCAACUGACCAAUGAGAUCCCAGAUCCCGAGUCUCUGGAGAACCCAUCUGACCAGAGUGAGAAGGCUCUGCUGGUGAACAAGUUUGAGCUGAGCAUCCGGACGGAGACCACCCAGGGCCUGGUGCUGUGGAGCGGGAAGGGCGUGGAGCGCUCCGACUACAUCGCCCUGGCCAUCGUGGACGGACACGUCCAGAUGACCUACGACCUCGGCUCCAAGCCGGUGGUGCUGCGCUCCUCGGUGCGGGUCGACACUAACCGCUGGAUACGCAUCAAGGCCAGCAGGGCACUUAGAGACGGCUCCCUACAGGUCGGCAACGAGGCGGCCGUAACGGGGUCGUCGCCUUUGGCAGCAACGCAGCUGGACACGGACGGAGCGCUGUGGUUGGGUGGUCUGGAGGAGCUGGCGGUGGCCCGGCGGUUGCCCAAGGCCUACAGCACCAGCUUUGUCGGCUGCAUCAAGGAUGUGGUGGUGGACGGCGUGGAGCUCCACCUGGUGGAAGACGCCUUGAACAGCCCCCAAAUAUUACACUGCUCCGCCGCCAAAUAAGCCAGAAGAGACAGAAUAUUGAGAGAGAAAAAAGAAACCCUCCCAUCCGCUCCCUCCAUAGCGCCCAUGUCUCCUGCUGUAAUUAUUUUCUAUUUUUGUAUACUUUUCCAUCAUUUUUUAUAUGGAAAGAAAAUGUUUGUUUUCAUUUUUGUUUGAUAUAUUUUGUUCUUUUUUUUCCUUUUUUUUAAAUCUGCACCUCCAUAAAGAAACCCCCCCCCCCCCCACCUAACUGCCCUGCCCCCUUUAUCUUCCUCAAAAUGCAGGCAUCUCUGUGAAAAAAGAGAGAUUUCAUUCCUCGUCAGCUUUGUUGUUUUAAAACAAUCACCAACUUUAAAAAAGAAAAGAAACGCUCCUUUUCCCCGCUGGUUACUUGAACAGUGGUGGACCACGCCGAUGAUCUCGGCCUACAGCCUUGUCUUGGUGCCAUAUAUAUAAAUAUAAAUAUAUAUAUAUAUAUAUAUAUAUAUAUCGCCCACAUUCCCCAAGCACGGCCGAUACAUCCACGAGCACAUAGACGCAUACAUUCCCCGGAGCAGUGCGAGCCGAGGCCGCUGGUUGCAGCUCUUUGAUGCUGCAGCCAGCUGGCGUCUCCAUUCAAGAAACUCUAUAAUCAGCCCCGCUAGCCCACUGCGUUUUCCUAAUGGGACUUUUUAGAUAUCAGUCAAGCUGCUACAGUGAGAGAGUCAAAAGCACUCCAUCAUCCCCCAUCUGACCGCGCCUACAAAAAUAACACAGGAAAAGAAAAGGAGCAACUCUCCACUCAAUCUGAGUCCCAUCAGAGCCUUUAGUUUAGAGAUAUGACUCACUUACACUGCAGGCCGCCAUGACGGAGAGAGCGCCGCGUUCCACGACCACUCGCAUAUCAUAAGUCAUAAGUCGAGACAUGAGCAAAUGUUAUAAAUAUAGAGUAUAUAAAUAAUACCUGAGACUGUGAAUAUGUAAGAUGGGAUCUCCUCAGAGAGCUGUGCUUCUCAUGUACUGUUGUGCGUUCUGUUUUACAACACGCAGAUGUAACUAACCAUGACCACUAUAAAUGCAUGCACUUCUGCAGUGUUGGUUUCAAUCUGGUUUGUUUGAUUUACAAUUUUAUUCCAAAAACUUUCUAAUUUGGAAAUGUGUCACUGUUUUGGGGUUUUGUUUGUUUAUUACCUGCAAUGAUUAUAAAAAGAUUCAUCUUUUUCCCUCUUAAUUCCUCUCGUGUGAGGAUAUAACGUUUCGUGUUUCUUCUCUGGCCUUGUUUCCGCUUUUUUUUCUUGGGAGCAGUUAGUUUUGCAGGACCUUUACAGACUGCUGCAUAAGGGGAAGAGUUAUUACCAUAUCUGACCUUAAGGAGGUGCUGAAAGCAAAGACUGCAGAAAGGACAGACAGAAAGGAGGCGAGGAGAGAUCUUAUCUACCCUCGGGGAUGUCCUGUCAAACAACAAUCAGUCGUCAACACAAACGAAACAGGCUUAAAAAAAAAAAAAAAAAAAAACGGCCUGAGACUUCAUUUCUUUCCGUAUUCGACCUAGGAGCAUUCCUGGAGGAGAGAGAAAGAGAGACCGUGACGUUGUUGUGACCUUUUGAAGCCAUAACAGCCGCAAAAAUGGGAGACGCUUAAUCCUACAGCACUUGCAAAUUAACAUAGUAACGCAUGGGUUUGUAUUACUAGUGCAAAUUCUGUAACCUUCAUUGAACUGAUGCAACGCAGAGUCGGCUUCGCUCGGCUACAAUACGCUGGGAUGACCAAUUUAAGGACACGUGUUUUGAUAUGAGAACUUUGGCAAUAUUCUAAGACGAGAUCACGCCUGUUCGUAGUUGAGUAUAAAAUGGUCUUGUGCUGUUGUGUUUUUUUUCUCCUUUCUCCAGUUCUUGAUUACGUUUUCCUUCUUCAAUCAUCAAACGAUCUGUUUUUGUACAGCCCUGCAAUUAAGUGUAAAUUUAGCAAAUGUGUUAUUCGUGGAGGUUUAUGUUUUUAGUAAUAUACACUGGAACCAUGUCUGACUUGUCCGUUUGCCCACACGGCGAUACUCAUGUACAAUGGGGAAGGGGGUGGGGGCUAAAUUGUGGUCACACUCGGUGUGUCCACACUGGUCCCCAAAAAGACACGUUUCAAUUCCAGCACAAGCGUAGACUGGUCCUAUUUUACUACAGCGCUCUUUAAUUCUCGACCCAUUGAGGUAGUGACAGUUAACAGUGCGACUCAACAACAAUAAAGACAACUGCAGUCUAUGGUUUGGGUGCAAACUAUUUGCCUUAAAAAACGGUCACCUGUACGUCAACCAUAUAACCGUUUCCUUAUUUUAGCAGUGUAUUAGCCUCAUCCCCAUAAUGUAAAGGAGUAAUACAUAAUAAUAAUAAUAAUGAUAAUUAUAUUAGUAAUAAUGGUACAAUACACACAAAAAAAUCCCAGGGGGCCAAUGAGAAUAUCCCCUCUGGCUUUUUUACAAAAAAUCUAUUUACUGUUUUUGAAUCUAUUUUCUCUUAUUUAUGUCUACAUGUGGAUUACCCUCCAUGUCUGGCCUCUGUAAACUAGUGUCUGACUGCGCGUACCUCCUCUAAGGGCAGUGCACCGAGUAAGAGUGGCAUGACCUGAACAUUACUAACUUUAUGACCUUUGUCUUGUGUUCCUACCACCAUGAAAUAAAAUGUCAACCAAUGGA